AUGCCAGGAUUUAAUAACGUAAUAAAUUAUGCUAAGUAUCUAUCUAUCUAUCUAUCUAUCUAUCUAUCUAUCUAUAUGCGUCUGUAUGUUAUUCCAAUGUCUGUAUGUCUGUCUUUUUUGCAUAUUUUAUUGAAAUAUCUAAAUCUAUCUUAUCUAUCUAUCUAUCUAUCUAUCUAUCUAUCUAUCUAUCUAUUUAGCUGUAUGUCUGUCUUUUUGCAUAUUAUCUAUGCCCCUGAAUAUCUAUCUAUCUAUCUAUCUAUCUAUCUAUCUAUCUAUUUAUUUACCAAUAUCUGUUUUUCUCUGCAAGUCUUCCUAGCUAGAUGUAUGUCUGUCUUUCUGCAUAUUAUCUAUGUAUGUAUGUCUCUGAAUAUCUAUCUAUCUAUCUAUCUAUCUGUUUUUCUCGGUAUAUCUAUCUAUCGAGGUAGCAGUAUGUCUGUCUGUCUUUCUGCAUAUUAUCUAUGUAUCUAUCUAUGUCUGUCUCAGCAUAUCUAUCUAUCUAUCUAUCUAUCUAUCUAUCUAUCUCUUUUCCUCUCGUCAUCUAUCUAUCUAUCUAUCUAUCUAUCUAUCUAUCUAUCUAUCUAUCUAUCUAUUACCAGGCUUUUAUUUAAAUUCCACUCACUCACAGGGGAAACGGGGAAACCGCAAAUACCAACGAGGACUAAUCGCUUCUUCUUCUUCUUCUUUAAAUACACACUAGUUUUUAUCUAUCUAUCUAUCUAUCUAUCUAUCUAUCUAUCUAUCUAUCUAUCUAUCUAUCUAUCUAUGUCAGUUCAAGUAACUGUAUUAGUUGAAAUAUCUAUCUAUCUAUCUAUACCAGUUCAAAUAGCUAUCUAUCUAUCUAUCUAUCUAUCUAUCUAUCUAUCUAUCUAUCUAUCUAUCUAUCUAUCUAUCUAUCUAUCUAUCUCAGUUCAAAUAUCUAUCUAUCUAUCUAUCUCAGUUCAAAUAUCUAUCUAUCUCAGUUCAAAUAUCUAUCUAUCUAUCUAUAUAUUCAUUCAUUCAUUCAUCUAUCUAUCUAUCUAUCUCAGUUCAAAUAGCUAUCUAUCUAUCUAUCUAUCUAUCUAUCUCAGUUCAAAUAUCUAUCUUCUAUCUCAGUUCAAAUAUCUAUCUAUCUAUUUAAGUCAGUUCAAAUAUCUCUAUCUAUCUAUCUAUCUAUCUAUCUAUCUAUCUAUCUAUCUAUCCAAGUACAACUGUUUGUUUAUCUAUCUAUCAAUCUAG